AUGCGCUGGAACCCGCUACGAUUCUUGACGCCGCGGCCCCCUCCGCCCCCACCCGAGAGCACGUCGCUCUUGGGCCGUCUCCAGGAAUACUCGAUGCUCCACGCGGACGGUGUGCGCGCUAUGCUGGGCGACUUCCAGGACUUCAUCCAGCAGCGCAACAUGAUCGACCUGGCCGUGGGCCUCAUCCUGGGCUCGAGCUUCUCCGCCAUCCUCAACUCGUUCGUGGUCGACAUCCUGUCGCCAGUUAUCAGCCUCUUCUCGGAGCGCAGCCUUGCCAACUACUACUGGCCCGCGCGGUGCCCCACCAGUGCAAUCGGGUGCACGAGCACGACGUGGGAGACAUGGAAGCAAGCGCGGGAUGCCGGCGCGGUGACCAUCAACUACGGGCUGUUCGUGGAGAACGUCAUGAACUUCCUCAUCAACGCCGUGUUCCUGUUCUUCGCGGUGAAAAAAGUGUUUGAGGUGGUGUUCAAGCGCAACGUGCUGGUCAAGAAGCAGUGUCCCUAUUGUAAGGAGUUCGUGAAGGGCAAUGCCACCCGGUGCAAGGAGUGCGGCUCGGAUAUCGACUCGCCCCCGAAUGCGCGUGGAAAUAUAGAUUGUUUAUUGAUUGGCGACUCAGAUCUGAAACAAUCAAUCAUUGAAUCUUGA